AUGGCGAAUUACUACAAAGUACUAGGGGUGCCUCAAAAUGCUUCCUCCUCCGUUAUUAAGAAGGCUUAUCACCAGUUGGCUCUACAGGUACAUCCAGACAAGAACCCAGAGAACAAGGAGGCAGCUGAGGAGAAAUUCAGAGAAGUAGCAGAGGCCUAUGAAGUCCUGUCUGAUGCCAAGAAACGCAGUGACUAUGACAAGUCUAGAGAGAACCGCACCAAAAGGGGAAAUAGAGGAGAUGGCAGCAGAGACAAAAACCAUUUGGAGGAGGAACUGUGCUUUGAGAGGCCAUGCCACGUCUUUCGGAAUGUCUGUGAAGAUGAGGACCUCUUCUCAAGAGAUUAUUUUUCCAUGGGCCACAUGGGCAGCCCCAGGAGAUUCCAUUCCUUCUUUGAUGUGACCCCCAUACUGGACACAGGGUUUUCCACUUUUGUAUCUUUGGGCUUCAGGUCAAGUCCCACUACCUCUGAGACAUGUGUGCCCUUUGUAAGCAGUGGAAUGGGAACCUUCAGACUGGUUACCACUUGUAGCCAGAUAGUGAAUGGCAAGAGAGUUGUUACAAAGAAAGUGGUAGAAAACGUGAGGGGGAAGAUUGAAGAGUAA